AUGAUUUUUGAAAAUUUUGAAGACCUUGAAGAUUGUUUCCAAUUGUUUGAUUCUAACCAUAAUGGGUAUUUAAACACCCAAGAGCUAAGCAAUGCUUUUCGUGCCCUAGGAUUAAAUCCAUCACUAGGACAAGUGGAGAAACUAUUGCAGUCAGUGGAUUUGCAUCAUCGAAAUCAGAUAAACGUCGAUGAGUUUGCCAAAUUAUUUGGACUAGCAAAGCCUGAAUGCAGUAUCUCUAAGGAGCAGCUGAUAAGGGAAAUUUCUAAAUUUGAUAGAGAUAGGAACGGGUUUAUUGAUGCAGACGAGCUCAGAAAUAUUUUAAGUUCAAGAGGCGAACCUUUGGAUAGUCACCACAUUGAUGAAAUUUUGCAUGAUUUCGAUACUAAUGGUGACGGUAGACUCAGCAUUGAAGAAUUAGCGAAUGGGUUAUUAGGGUUGUCGAAAUAA